AAUCGCGUCGUGAACGCAGUCGUGGUCCGGUCGUCCGGGAACGCUCGAAAAAUCGCGGACAAAACAAGGGGGAGACGAGAAAUUUUUCCGUGCGACUCUCGGCGGUUUCGGUCCGGUGUCCUCUGACGUGGUCGGCUGUUCCGGUUCCCUGGACGGGCGAGAGACAAAAGUGCCCGGCCGUGACACACCUGUGCGACUAACGCGAAAUUUUCGUAUCGGCGGAUCCCAGCGCCGGGCAACAACCGGUCGCCCACAGCGCUGCAGCGUUUUCCUCUCUGUUUCACUUCUCCUUUCCACCGUCUCCUUUGUUCGACCGCUCCUCGCCGUCCUCGUGGUUUCUCGUGCGGGUUGCGUGCACCGUCGUCGUGCACCAGUGCAUCGCUCGUAAUUCGUCUGCUCGUGGAAAUUCUCCCGUGGUGACACGUCCAGGGACCAGGGGACCGGGUAGGGAAGAUUUUUAAAGGAGAACAGGAAGCCCGAGCACGCCAGAGAAGCGGACAACAACAAUCUGGCCAGCCCGCGCAAAAUGAGGGUAGCCCGUUCCCUUCGACGGUUCUAACACUGUGUCAAGAUGUACUCUGAGUGGCAAAAGGGUGAAUUGGUGUGGUUCGACCCAGGUGUCGGCCACGUGCUACCAGGUGAAGUUCUGGAGUACCACAGGGCUGCCAACGUCCUCUCCGUUCAAGCAGUGAUCGCUGGCAAGCCGCAGAUCUUCACUCUCACCAACUUGAGCGGAGUGAAGCCGAGGCAGGAUCUUGGGCAAAAUGGAGUCGAAGAUAUGAUUCAGCUAACCGAUCUCAAUGAGGCCUCUUUAUUAUGGAACCUGAAAAUUCGAUACGACAAGGAGUUGAUAUACACGUACACGGGCAGCAUCUUAGUGGCAGUGAAUCCUUAUAAAAUGUUUGACAUUUACGGCCUGGACCAAGUGAAACUCUAUGAAGGACGAAUACUCGGGACCCUGCCGCCUCAUCUGUUCGCCGUGGGAUCGUCGGCGUAUAGUCAAGUAACAGCCGCGAACAACGCGAGCGCGAACCAAGUAGUGGUUAUUUCCGGUGAAUCCGGCUCGGGGAAAACGGAGUCCACGAAACUCGUGAUGCAGUAUCUAGCCGCCGUUAAUCGAGCGCCGAACAAUCUCGUCACCGAGCAGAUCCUCGAGGCGACGCCAUUACUCGAGAGCUUCGGGAACGCGAAGACGCCCAGGAACGACAACAGCAGCCGAUUCGGCAAAUAUUUAGAGGUCUAUUUCAGAGAUGGAGUGAUCGUGGGGGGAAGAAUAACCCAGUACCUGCUCGAGAAAAGCAGAAUAGUCACGCAAGCGUCGGAAGAAAGGAAUUAUCACGUCUUCUACGAGCUUCUGGCUGGUCUGGACCAGCAACUCAGGGACAAAUACGGAUUGCUCACGCCGGAUAAGUACUUCUACCUCAAUCAGGGUGGAAACUGCGAAAUCGAUGGGAAAAGCGAUGUCCAAGACUUCAAAGCUCUUUUAUCCGCCAUGCAAGUGUUGGGAUUCACUUCCGAGGAACAAGACACGAUCUUCAAGAUUUUAGCUAGCGUACUGCACCUCGGCAACGUUUAUUUUCACCGGAAACAGAUGAGACACGGCCAGGAAGGGGUUGAAGUCGGCUCCGAUGCCGAAAUUCGCUGGGCAGCUCAUCUUCUUCAAGUCAAUUCCGAUGGGAUCAUCCGGGCGUUGACGACUAAAACUACAGAAGCCAGAAACGAGAGAGUCUUCACCGCGUUGAAUAUCGAUCAAGCUCUGGAUGCCAGGGAUGCCUUCGCAAAGGCACUGUACAGUUCAUUGUUCUCCUGGCUGGUUGCCCGAGUAAAUCAUAUCGUCUACAAGGGUACCAAACAAACAGCAGCCAUAUCGAUCCUCGAUAUAUUCGGCUUCGAGAACUUCGCGGAGAACAGCCUGGAGCAGCUGUGUAUUAAUUAUGCGAACGAGAAUCUGCAGUUCUACUUUAACAAGCAUAUCUUCAAGCUGGAGCAGCAAGAGUACGCGAAAGAAAAGAUCGACUGGACCACCAUUAAUUACACUGAUAAUUUACCUGUUAUUCAUCUGAUCGCUAAGAAACCAGUCGGAAUUUUGCAUUUGUUGGACGACGAGAGUAAUUUCCCCAAAGCGACAGACCUCUCGUUCCUCGAGAAGUGUCAUUACAAUCACGCUCUGAGCGAACUGUACUCGAGGCCGAGAAUGAAUUCAGCCGAGUUCGCUAUUAAGCACUACGCCGGCCAAGUUUGGUACAACGUCGAAGGUUUCUUGGAUAAAAAUAGGGACACUCUGAGACCAGACGUCGUGGAGCUAUUAAUAAGCAGUAAAAUAUCGAUGGUCAGCAAAAUGUUCCAGCACGUAAGGACAACUCACGAGGCUAACAAAACGAUGAAUAAACCAAACGGCAGAUUUGUUACCAUGAAGCCUAGAACGCCGACAGUGUCUGCUCGUUUCCAUGACAGUCUGCAGCAACUUCUAGACUCCAUGUCACAAUGCAAUCCGUGGUUCGUGCGAUGCAUCAAGCCAAACACGGAGAAGGCGCCAAUGAAAUUCGACAUGCCUUGCGUGCUCGAGCAACUUCGUUACACUGGAAUGCUCGAGACGAUCCGUAUACGGAAAACGGGUUACCCUGUUCGACUCCUUUUCGGACACUUUGUUGAUCGUUAUAGAUACCUGGUGUCUACGCAUUUACCUCGGGGAGCACCCAACAAGGAACUCUGCCGCAUAAUACUCGACAAAGCUGCGUCCAAAGAGGCGCAAUCGCAGUAUCAGCUGGGCCUGACGAGAGUGUUCCUCAGGGAAUCUCUGGAGAGGACGCUGGAGUACAAUCGAGCCCUUAUCUUAGAAAGAGCUGCCAUAACUGUUCAAAGGUACACGAGAGGAUUCCUCGCGAGAAGGAGGUUCCUGAACAUUUCGCGGAGCACUGUGCUGAUCCAAGCGGUGUACCGCGGUUAUCGGGAAAGGAAGAAGUUCAAGGCGCUGAAGAAAGCGGCGCUCAUGGCGCAGAAGAUAUACAGGGGGAAGAAACAGCGUGAGAAGUUCAAAGUCCUGAAGGAGGAAAUGGCGAAGAGAGCAGAAAUCGAGAGAGCCAGCAAGGAACGAGCGAAAGCGAAGCAACAAAGAGAGGAACAGGAGAGGACGUCGAGGGCUGUGGCUGGCGUCAAUCACUUGGAGAUACCUGCCGAGCUCGCCUUCAUCUACAGCAAACUAGACGAUUGGCAGCCAACCCACACAGAGAGGAAUCUCCUGAAAGUGGUGGGCCAGGUGAUCCCGGUGCACCACAAUUACAGCCUGCCGCCGGACAUCGAUCAGCACCAGUUCUCCAAGUUCACCAACAUCUACUUCAAGAGCCAUAUCUUUGGCAUGAAACGGGAGCCGAUAAAGACGCCGUUCUUAACGAAAGCCAGGGACCAAGAUUACACGGACUCGCUGAUGAUUUUCAAGAUGAUCCUCCGGUUCAUGAACGAGAACAAUCUGAGCGGCAAAAGGGAGCAGGCGCUCGGCGACUACAUAGUGAACAAAGGUAUCGUGAACGAGAAGCUACGGGACGAGAUUCUCUGCCAGCUGGCGAAUCAAACGUGGAAGAAUGAGAACGACGCGAACAAAGAGAGAGGCUGGCUGCUAUUGUCGAACUGCCUGUCCGCGUUCCAGCCCAGUCCCACGUUGUUCAAAUACUUUCUCAAAUACGUGUCCGAUCACGCGUACGACGGGUACAAGGCGUACUGCCAGAGGAAGCUGUUGCAAGGCGAGAGGACGAUAUUUAGGAUAAUGAGCAACAAUCAACAGAUCGUGCACCACGUGCCCAGGAAUUAUCCGCCGUGCGUGCUGGAGUGGCGGGCGAACAGGAACCGCGUCAACAUGGCGCUCAGCGUGGGAUUCUACGAUGGUGAAUCGGUUACCUGUGCUGUGGACUCGUGGACAACCUGCGAGGAACUGGCAAAUCUCGCGGUUCACAACCAUGGCGUGGAUAAUUCCGGUUGGACUAUCACUCUGUGGAACCAGUUGGACGGCCCGGACGCCAUUGUUACGGAGACGAACGGCUUCGAUUAUGUUCUCGAUUUAAUAUCCGAGAUGGAGCUGGCUCCUGCUUUCCCUGCUGCUAAACACAUGUUCCUGGAACAGAGGAAGAAUAGUUUCCCACCUAUUAAAAAGAGAGAGCACACACAGAUAAUCCGAGAAUUAGAGCAAGAAAUCGAACCGCCAGUGUUGAAGACUUUCCAGCCACUCGAACGGAAACCAGUGCCGAAAGUUGUGGACAAACCUGUCGAACCGGAAAUCCAGUCGCCUAGACGACCAGCUGUUCCUCCGCCUCAACCACCGGUGGCGAAACCAUCGGCAAGGAAGCAGUCUCACGAGGCCAUAUUAGAAACCACAACAGCAACAGGCUUGUCUCGAAAAUCAGCACUGAACGACAGGUAUUUCGAGAGAGAGAAACAACGCAGUCGCAGCCUGGACAAUCUUCUUCAACCGGAAGUAGUACUGCCUCCGGUGAAACUGGCGAAUCUUGGCCUGUCUUCGUCGAAACUGAACGAACGUUACCACAGCCUCGAGAGAAUCGGGGAGACGUCUGCGGUCAGCAACGUUGAAUACAUGACCAGAUCCGAAAUCGUGCAGGAGAGGAAGUACAGCAGGAUAACCAGGUCGACGGAGCCGAAUAUCGAGGAGGAGGACUUGACGAUCGAUUUCGAGUAUCCCGACAUUCAAUCGGUCAGUCAGACUGGACGAUCAGAGGACGACAAGAAUAGCUAUAUCAGAUCGCAGACUAGGUUCAUCAAAUCUCAAUAUCCUGGUAAACGAGCACUGCCAGGCAGCCAAUCGAGCCGAGCGUACAUCGAGAAGAGCGAGUACGGCGUGAAAUCGUCCGCCAUGUCUGACACGAGCGAAGCUCCUUCCCUGGCGUCGCACGUGAGACGCGUCAGGGUGCCUAGUCAGGCUUCGGAUGUGGAUCAGUUCCUGGACGAGCUGUUCAUGCCGGUUCUCGACGGUAAUCUCGACGAGUUGUCCGACGCGAGGAGCCUGGCAGCUAGCAUCAAGGGUACCAGUGAAGACAGAAGUCAAGGGGAUGCUAUUAUCCUCGAGUCUCUAAACAAACCCAUCAGUGAACACGAACAAAACAAAGAAAACAGUGACAACACGAGUCAAGAAGAUGUUGGAAUCAGUCCCCUAAAUACUAUCAGUGAUACAACUAAAGAAAAAUGUGACAACAGGAGUCAAAGAGAUUCUGUGAACCUAGAUUCUCCAAAGACAAGUGACAAAGAAAACGAAGACAGUGAAAAUAGGAAUCAAAGGGAUCUAAUCCUAGAUUCCACAAAGACGACAAGUGACAGGAGAGAGAUCAAAGUAAAAAGUGCCAGGAAUGUCGAAGAUUUCGUGAAGCUGAUGUUGGCAGGCUCCGAGGAUGAACCGAUCACAGCUGAAGUGCUCCAAGAGAAGAUCAAAGGCGGCGGUAACAUGGACAUACCUAAUCAAAACGCGACGUUCAACUUCAGCGCGAUCACUCCAGGAAUGAUGUCUCCGCCGAUGAUGAUGCCGAUGUUCAGCGCGGCGCAACAGGUGCCACCAGCUCAGAGCACCAGCAUGAACAUGGGCGCAGGUUUCAUGCCAAUACCGAUUUACAGCAUGCAGGGGCUCAGUCUUCCGCAGUAUCCUAACUCGCCGCCCAGCCAGAACAACGAAAUGAUGGCCUACCAGCAGAACGUGCAGAGAGCGUUCUUGCAGAGCGCCAUGGCGCAAAACAUUCAGAUCCAGCAGCAACUGCUAGCGCAGAACCAGGCUCUCCAGCAAUUGCUCGUGCAGAGCCCGCAGAACUCGGGCCAGCAACCGGGCACGGCGGUGUCCGCGGGCCCCUCCAGUAUCAAUCUUGUCCCCCCAGCCCCCCAAAACGGCGCCCAAAUCGGGCCGAACGAUUCUAUCGGACGCUACUCCAAGGUGUCGUUUAGGGAGCCCGAAGACGGGGAGCUCUGGUCAACGGAGAAGCAAGGGGCGCCGGUUCAAUCGUCGACGAACGUACAGCGCCAGGAGGUAACUGUCAAGGCUCAGAUCCAUCGAUCGCAGAGCCCGCCGAGGAAGAACUCGGAAAUCGUUCGGAAAACCAGCGUAGAAUACGCUGUCCGGAAAGUGAGCGUCGACAGAAAGGUCGGCGAGAAGAAGAUCUCUAGCGCUGCGGAUCAAAAGAGGUCCAGCACGAACAAGAACAACGUGCAGAGUAAUUUCACGAACGUGUUGAGCGAACUGAAGAAUCGGAAGAGCAGCGUCGACAGCAAUUUAUCGAGUUCUAGUAACAAUAAGGGGGUGCCACCCCCGCCGCCUAUGCCACCGCCCUUGGAAUCGCACGACCCAUCUGAGUCGAGGCCAUUCCUUGACCCUUACGGCAGAGCUAAGACGGUUCGAAUUGGAAAAUGGAGGUGGCCGCCUCCGAGUGAUUCGAACGAGAAUCAAAGCCAGGACAGUUUCAUAGAGUUUAAGAUGCGCCAGCAGCAACAACAAAGGAAAAUAACCCCGCAAUUCGGUGAAUACAAUCAAGGAGACGGUGAACCCAGCACGGAAGGCGCAGUCGAAUGGGAAGAGUUUGAGAUUGAAAACAUUGUUGGCAGCGAAGAAAGGACAGUGGUGACUCAUACGCCUGUCCCCGCGACUAAACACGAGAACGGAUACAAGGAGGAGGGAGAGAAGAAAAAGAAGAAGUCGAAGUCAGCGUUAGAGGUAGGAGCGCAAAGACCGUCGCCAGGUAGCAUCGGAAAACUGAAGCUCAGCUCGGAAAUGAGACAAAGACUGGAAAAGGUGACGGCUAAUCACAGCGUGAGAUCAACGAAAACCACCGAGAAACCGGCUCUGCCGCGCGACGAUGACAAAGUGAAGCGUUUAGAAGACAAUAGGAAGCUUCUUCUCGAGCAGCAACUAGGAGGUCGAUGGGACGAUUACGCAUCCACGGCCGAUGACACGCAAAGCGUCACUUCAAAAGGCACCACAGACAUGAUGACUCAAGCCCAGGUAGUUAGAACCCAGAUUGAGAGGAUGGAGAGGCCUGUGCCACCUCCGCUUCCGGUCACACCUCCGCAACCCCCUAGUCCACGAGGUGGAAGCAUGUACAGUAACAGCCAAUCCGGCGUACCCCAGCCAAGGUCACCUCCGGCGCCAAUCGAGCCAAAGACUCGAGACACGUUCCGGGCAUCCCCGGACUCCGAGGCCUUCGAGCACUUCUCCAAAGCGCAGCGCGACAUGUUCAGCCACAGCAGAGACAUAUUCGCGUCCCAGCAGCACCUGAGGGAGAGCCACGAGUACAGGAACGACUUCGACAAGCCCAGGUCCCAGGACCAAAAGUCCAAGGACUUCUACAGCAAAGACAGCACCGACCUGGCCAGCUCCGCCAGAGACAGAAGCUCCGAUUUCGAUUCCCGCCGCGAUCUGAACUCGGACAUCUUCGAUCCGAAAUACGCCAGGGACAUCUUCGAGAAUUCCAGCUCCAAGAGAGACCCUUUCGGAAUGACCAGGGACGUUUCUCCGAAGUCCAGGGACAGUUUCGGCAUGCCAUCGUCCAGAGACUUCGGUGUCAUGCCGAACACCAGGGAGUCCUUCGCUGCAGCUAGGCAGAGCUUCAAGAAGCUGGACCGCGAAGUCGACAGGAGGUCCAGCGUAGCGUCCACUCAUCGAACCGACAAAAUGGAGAGGAUCGAGAUCGAGGAAUGGCCGGAGUUCCUCAGACCGGUGUUACCGCCCGCUGACAAGCCUGAAAUAGAGAAAGUUCAGGAAGUCAUGAAUACCAAGCUCUAUCCUCAAACUUCUACAGCUCACUUCACGUACAACCGAGUGACUUGGACUUUGAGGGUGAAGAAAGAAGUGUUCGCUCCUAAUGAAACCCUGAAUAGUCCCCUGGCGCUGCAUCUUGUCUUCUGCCAGGUGGCUUACGACGUCCUGGCGACGUCCAGUAUCAGAAUCACUAAAGAGGACAGACAGAACAUGUUGAAGAUGCUGGACAAUUACGGAGUGACUUUGGACAAUCUGCAGAGUACUCAGCACAAGAUCACGAUUAAGAAGAACGUCGUUGAUAUGGCGAAGCAAUGGCCGCUGUACUUUGCUAGGAUAUUCCCGGUAUCGAUUGGCCCGCAACACCCGGAGACUCAACACGUGGCUGUUUCUCACCAUGGUCUGCGACUCGUGAAACGCACGCCGCAGGGGGACCUGGUUAUCCUGGAGACUCUGCCUCUGGAGGAUAUUGUCUCUGUCAGCUCUCCGCGCGCCGGCGUCUGCGUAAUGCAGAUUGCAUCGGGCGUCAGGCUGCCUUUGCAUACGAACCGAGCACCGCAGUUGACGGAGAUGAUCGGCACCUACAUCAGACUGGUCGAUCAGAAGCCGCUGCACAAGUCGAACCACCACGAGAACCACGUAUCCCAGAUCACGAAAUCGAUCCAGUCGCAGGCGAAUCACGGUUCUUUGAAUCACGUCCAGUCCCACGGUCAGUCUAAUCACGUUAUCUCGAAUCACGAGAACCACGUGCCGGCGAGUCGUGUGCCGAACCACGUGUCGGCGGCGAACCAGACGAACCACCAGAAAAACCAGCAGAACCAGCGGCUCAGCCCGAAUCAGGAAUGGCGGCAACCGGAAGACAACGGCAGGCUGCAAGAAGAUGGCAUCUACGAGAGCGGACCGGUGGUGAACGACGGAAAACACUCUCUUUUGCAGUACGCCAUGCUGAAUUUCAGACAGAGCACGGAGAAAUUCGAGAUGUUAAAGACGGCGGAUGGCUCCAUAAGCGGCUCCCUGAAAGUCAUCGAGUCGCUCAAGAGCAAGAAGAAGAACAAGAAGAGUAAAGGUCAACAAGACGGCGCGGAAUGGACCUGGAAGGAACAGGUGGACCUCGUCAAGUACUCGCCUGUGCCGAUCGAGCAGAGCCUGCUCAGGCUGGACGCUGAUUUGAGCGGGCUCGCGGUCGAAUGUUUCCUUUGCCUAAUGAGGUACAUGGGCGACCAGCCUCUGCCUCCGGACACCAGCGAAGUCAAGUGUGUUUACACUAUUCUGAUGCACUGCCACAAGUACGAGCAACUCCGUGACGAAGUCUACUGUCAGCUGAUGAAGCAGACGACGAACAACAAGAGCCCGAACCCGGACAGUUGUCAGCGUGGCUGGAGGAUCUUCAGCAUCGUCGCUGCCUAUUUCACUUGCAGCGACGGUUUAAGGCCCUACCUCACCAAGUACCUCGAAACAGCAGCGUACGACAAAAGAAGGGCCUAUCACGGCACCGCCACGGUGUGCCUGCAGAAUCUUAGGAAAACUGUCAAAUACGGAGGAAGGAAGAAUGUGCCGAGUGUCGAUGAGAUCAUGGCGAUCAGCGCUGGCAGAAAUGCUAAGAGACAGAUUUAUAGACUGCCUGGUGGAACGGAGAGGGUUAUCAAUACGAAGUGUACGACGGUUGUGCAGGACGUUAUCGAAGAAAUGUGUAAUAUAAUAUCCGUUAGACAUCCCCACGAAAUGGAUGAAUUCUCGUUGUACUGUAUCGUCGACGGCGACGCGUUUACCAUGCCCUUGGCUAGAGAUGAAUACGUGCUGGAUGUGACUACUGAACUUCAUAAGAAUCAUCAAGUGUUCUAUUUAAUAUUCUGCAGAUCCGUUUGGUACUACCCUCUCAGAUUGGACGCACCAUUGUACAUAGAAGUUGUGUUCAACCAAAUCGCUCCGGACUACUUGGAGGGUCUUCUCCUGGUUCUGCCUGGCGAGCAUUUACCUCAAGAAGUUGUAUACGACAUGGCGCAGAUAGCAGCCCUUCUGCACAGAGCAGCAGACAUGACGCACGAGCCGACCACGAAGGAAAUUAAAUACUUACUGCCAAAGCCAGUGCUCAGUUUGAGGGAACCGCGGCCGCAACAAUGGUCCAACAUGGUUCAGCAAGCGUGGAACAAUGUGCAACACAAUACGGUUGCCGCGUGCAAGGCGCAGGUUCUCGAAAUUUUAUGGAAGUGGCCAUUAUUCGGAUCCAGUUUCUUCGCCGUGAAAAGGGUACCCGAAGGAAAGGAAAAGGGCGGCGAUCAUAUUUUGGCGCUGAAUAGACAUGGAGUGCAUUUCAUUGAUCUAAUCACACACGAAACCUUGCAUCACUACCCAUAUUCCGAGGUGAUAUCCACGCGCAAGGUGAAGUCCGAGGAAGGAACCCUGUAUCUGGACAUGAAAUGCGGGAAUCUGAUGCAGCAACGCAUCACCAGGCUCCAAACGGAGCAAGCCCACGAGAUCUCGCGGCUAAUUAGACAAUACAUCACUAUGGAGCAAAGGGCAACCAAUAAUCAGGCCACCGGGAUCGGUUUCGGGAUGAGAUAAGGCCCACGGAUCCUCCCUUUCAUCGAUUAAUCCAUCGCGAAACGUUGUACAUACCUAUUUAAAGGGAAGAAAGUAUAAAAUACAAUAAACUUACGUCCGAGGAGUCUGUAAACUAAGAAACAUUAGACUAAACGUGGUUUAGUAACGUCUAGCAAAGUCCAUGAACCAACAAAGCUAACAAACUUAGAUCUUCGAUCGUGUUUCCUGCUCCUAAUCGAUUCUCCAAUGAAAAUACGCGAGAAAACACCAACGUUUCUCACGUUGAACGCAGGAGAAGCACGGAAAGGGACAUUCGAGUAAACAAUCGGGCGUAAAUACUUCUAUUCGCGUCCAAAAAUUCAAUCGACCGCGAACAUUCCCAAAUUUCGCAUCGUGUCCCGUUGUUAUUUAUUUAUUAACGAAGAAGUGAUUGUAAAAACGCGGUAGGGCUAUUCGGUUAAUCAGCAAGAGGACAGAGGGAAGUCUUUGGAUUUGUAAAUAUGUUUAGAAAGUUUUCUAGCGUCAAAAAGAACGAAAGACCGCGAGGAUCGGUGGAUAGGAGGAGAAACCGAAACUUUCUUCGGAAAGUUCUUCGCGGAUCGUCCCGUGCGCUUCCUUUUUUUCUUGUUGUCGGAAUUCAUUUUCAUCGACGACGACGGACGAUUUUGUGAAAACGACCGAUUUGUGUCUCGAUACGAAGAUCGUUGCGUUCCCUUCGAACGCAUCGAGUCCGAUCAAGAUUCACGGAGGAUCGAAGUGUUAUCGUAAAAUAAGGACUUGAUCUAGUUGCUGAAGAAGAAAGUUCUUCGUUGUGCAACGAGCCGAUUCUCGUACGUGACACGUGGACAUUGACGAAUCGAAGGGAGAGACGAGGAAAAAGAACGAAUGCUCAAGUAUCUAAGCGAUUACUCUCGGCUCUGUAAAUACGCGUUUAGAAACGUUUUAGAAGAGGGAGGAGGAUCGAGAGAUCGAAGAAGAGAAAUCGACGGUCCUGCGUUUGAAACUCGAAUUUUCUGACAGUGUCCUCUUUUUUUUUAUUGUUUUAUUUUUCGAUUUCAUGUUCGUUGAUGAGAGAAGAGCAGAGCGCGUUGAUAGUCUCGAUGAAUGUUAACGUCUGCCGAUCGAUUUCUUUUUCUUCUCGAUCGUGACGGCGAGCUUCCUCCGUUCCGACGGGGAGACGGCUGAUUGCUUAAUUAUUACGUUGUUUUAAGAGUUAAUUAAUGGAGUCUCGGUGUAGAGUUGUUUUUUAUUUAUACGAUACGUAAGAAAAAGAAACGAUACGGUCACGAUUUGCGAGAUGAUUUUAUUCUUAAUGUAAAUCCGUUUGAAGACUAAUCGUUUAACGAGUACGUUAUGAUGGAGACUAACAAGCUACGGUUACAUGUUAUCAUAAGGAGACAUUAUUAAUAAUAAUUGUACGUAUUGCGUAUCGAUGUGAACGGAGGUGUUAAACUUUAUAUUAAAAUUUCUACAUAUACGUAUACCUGUCGAAUUCGUGUUCCAUUCUCUUAUCCUCUGUUUUACAGGAAAAUCCUUUCGAACGAUUAAUAGACGAUUGUCUAUAUAAAUCCAUACAUUCACAAAACAUAUUGCUAAACAGACAAAUGUCGACAGGAUAUUAUUAAGUACACGUUUAUUGACAAUCGAAGGCAGUGAGCGAAAAUUCGAUUAAAUACAAACUCCACAAUAAAUAUAUUCAGCUUACCGCUAAGUAUUCGGUGAAGGGAGAUAUCCCAGUCUUCAAUAAAAUGUAAAAAAUUUCAAUCAGGGAUAAACUGACUUUCUCAUCGAAUGUACUUCUUCCGAAACAACUGGCGAACGUCCACAUAUAAUGCCACAGAAAAAUGAAUUUAUCACUAGACUCUGUACACCCGAUUAACACCAUUUCUACCGAAGGUGUCAAAGGACACCUGAAAUUUUAACUUACAAUCCUUUCCUCAGUUUAACAAUUUUUCCCCAAUUGAAUUUUUGACAUUUCCUAUGAUUAAUGUUAUAAUCGUUAUUGGUAAAGUCGAAGGUCAAUUCAGAAUGUACAACUAAGGUUGAAAAAUAAUUUUAAGCCGAAAAUUCGACACCUCGGUAGAAAUAGUGUUAACCUCUGAUAAGUUACUUGCAGUAACCUAUUGUAAAAUAGAAAAAAAAUUCUUCGCACAAGACUUUGCCAAAUCUCUGAAGGUU